GACUCGGAGGAUCUGGGAAAGUCCCAGGCGCCAUCGGACUCUUUUAGUCCGAGGGGCUUCCCCGUGGGGCCGGCCCUUUCACAGUGUCGGUUGACGUUUCCAAGAACCGCUUAAAAGAGAGACCACGAGACCAGGCACGUUUCAAUCCAGCUGGAGGAAGAAGAAAAGGACGCCGGCAGGCAAGUACCUAAACCCCUGGGAUAGGGACCAGCCAGUUCAUCCAGACAGCAGAGGUAACUGGGAACAGGUGAGAGUCACCCAGGGGAAUAACCACUAGCCGGUCUAGUUCAUCCAGACAGCAGAGGUAACUGGGAACUGGACGGGUGGAGGAGUGGGGGGGAAGUGCCUGAUCACCCUUUCCCUGAAGGUACGAGGGGUCGGAGGGACCCCAGGGUCGGAGGGACCCCAAGGUGGGAGGUUUGUCGUGCACGACUGGUGUGAGUGUACCCCGCGAUUCCGUCCAGUGACCGUUGAGUGUCCGGGGCUGGCGGCCGGGGAAGCGUGAUUGAGAAUCCUUCGUGUUUUCCUGGGAGAGAAGGACCCCUUACCUUCUUCCCAAAUCCCUUUACCUACUUGUCUUGUCUGGUGCCCUGGGAGGAAAAUGGGUGGAGGUGGCAGUACGCCUUUGACCCCCUUGGCAUGUAUGUUAAAACAUUUCAAAGAUGCCUAUAUUAGCCAGGAUUACGGCAUAAAAUGGAGUAGGCAGAGGUUGCGGGUGUUCUGUGAGGUGGACUGGCCAGAACUCAGAGUAGGCUGGCCAGCAGCAGGGUCGCUGGACCUAGGGAUAGUACUACAAGUACACCAGAGGGUCUUCCACCCCACCACAGGACAUCCUGACCAAGCCCCAUACAUCGAUGUCUGGCUUACUCUAGUACAACAUCCCCCCAUUUGGCUACAAAAGUGCAAAGCUGCAAGGUGUAGAUUAUUGGUUUCCCGCACCUUGCCAUAUAAAAGGAAAAAACAAUCCCCACCAUCCUUCCUAGCUGCCCAGAGGAGCUGCCCAAUCCGCCGCCAUAUCUCCCUCGGGGGGAGGGACAAAUAGGCUUUAGGGCAAGCACCUCAGUUUCUAGCAGUGCAGGGGAAGGAGCUGAUACCUUCCUGAGAGCCCUCGAUGACUUGGGCAUCCCCGACUCACCGGGGGUACCAAGCCCAGCUGACCGCUCCGCCCAAACCAGUUUGGAUGGAGCGGACAAGGGGGCCCGCCCGAAGGAGCGACAAACCCAGAAAAGCGAACAGAUCACCCCCUCCUCUGAUGAAUUAGAAGGAGCAGUGGGGGGACAAAAGUUGCCCCUUGGGGAACAGGAAGGCCCCAUUGCUGAUCGAACUCGCUCAAAGAAUACCAGGCAGAGUGAGGAAGCUGAUCCGUCGGAAGAUGGACCGGCUUUCCUGAGCCCUCUCAGGAGGGUAGAUCAGUCAGUCGUUGAACCAAACAGGGAGCCCGUAAUUGUCUCUGUGUUUCAACACGUCCCAUUUACCUCCUCGGACCUUUUGAACUGGAAAAUGCAUUAUGGUCCGUUUUGUAACAAACCAGCAGAGGUUACUGAUUUGAUUAAAACUAUUGUAGAUACCCACAAUCCAACUUGGAGGGAUCUACAGCAGUUGAUGAGUACCAUCUUCAAUCCGGAAGAGAGGGAAAAGAUUAGGAAUGCCGCCCUUAAAAUCUUAAAAGGAACUAUGCCAGCCCGGGAUAUGACCAUUGAACGCUGGGUGGCUAGAAAUUUUCCCUCUGAAGACCCAAGAUGGGACCCUUAUAAGAUCGAGGAUCUUAGGUCCCUUCAGGAUUACCAGCGCCUUGUGGUGCAGGCAAUCCAGGUGGCGGAGAAACCCACCACCAACAUGUCUAAACCUUCUUUGGUGAUCCAAGGUGCUAGUGAAGCACCAGAAGCCUUCUAUGCCCGCCUCUUAGAUGCUUACCGAAUGUACACCCCCAUAGACCCAACACAGCCUGAAAAUGCUCGCAUGUUGGCAAUGGCCUUCAUUUCUCAAUCUGCCCCUGACAUACGGCGAAAAUUGCAGAAAUUGGAGGGAGCUCUUGGGAAAUCAAUGAGUGAACUGAUGGAAGUGGCAAGGAAGGUUUUUGCAAAUAGGGACAAAAUUGAGGAACAGAAGCAGGAGCAAAAAAUGCAUAAAAAGGCAGAAUUGCUUGCUGCAGCUUUGAUGAGCGGGCCUGCCACCCGAGAUGGGCCAAGACUGGGUAGAGGCUUGAGGGGUCAGGGGGACCCCUGGGGCGGCCCAAGGGGCCAGGGGUCAGGGGGACCCCUGGGGCGGAAUCGGAGCCGGGGGUCAGGGGGACCCCUGGACCCAAAUCGGUGUGCCAUAUGUAAGCGAUUUGGCCACUGGAAGGGAGAAUGCCCUGAAAAAGAACUGGAACGUGCCAAGGAAGGAAAUCGGGGAGGUUAUGCCCGAGACGGCCGAGGUGGACGAGGCAGACCCUUUCGAGGGAGGGGACGAGGGGCGUCCAAUACCCCCCUCAUUGGUCUGGCCGAAGUCGAGGAAUGGGACUGAAACGGACCGGGCUCGGCAUGCCUCCCUGAACCCAUGGUCAGUCUCACAAUUGGAGGCAAGCCAAUUCCCUUCCUUGUAGACACAGGGGCUACCCGAUCCGUCAUAACCAAACCCUUGGCCCAGCCCUCCUCGCAUACCAUCACGGUCCGGGGGGCCGCAGGCCAGCCAAUCAAACGCCCAUUCCUCAACCCCCUAAUUUGUCACACGGGGGGUAAAACGAUAACUCAAUUUGUUUACAUGCCGGAGUGCCCUCUUCCCCUUAUGGGGCGAGACUUGUUGAGUAAAUUAAGGGCUCAGAUUUCUUUUGAGCCGGACGGUUCUACUUCUUUGACAUAUGGCAAGGUCUCGGUGGACGUUCCCCAGGAGGAAGCAUGGCGCUUAAUGGCUUUACAUGAAAUCGUAGCAAACUCCGGUUGGGAGGAUUUUAAUGUCCCUUCCUUGUGGGCUGAGGACAACCCCCCUGGGUUUGCUCGCCAUCAGACGCCCAUUGUUGUUGAGGAGCUCCCUGCCAAACAUCCAAUUCGCCUUCGUCAACGGGCUUACCCUAGACACAUUAUGCAAGCUAUACAGGGAGUAAUUGAUCUCUAUCUGGCACAUGACAUUCUGGUCCCUACUGAAUCGGCCUGGAACACCCCGAUCUUACCUAUUCCUAAGGGGGAUGGCCGUUUCCGUCCGGUUCAAAAUUUAGUGCCAGUAAAUGCCGCUACCGUGACCAUUCAUCCUUUGGUCCCAAAUCCGUACGUUAUUCUGGGCUUGAUUCCCCGGACUGCGUCAUGGUUUUCGGUCAUUGACCUUAAGGAUGCAUUCUUUACCAUCCCAGUCCAUAAAAAGAGUCAGCAUCUCUUUGCUUUUGAGUGGGAAAAUCCGGCUACUGGUCGUAAACAGCAGUAUACUUGGACCAGGUUGCCUCAAGGUUUUAAGAACUCCCCCACUCUGUUUGGGAAUGCCCUCGCAGCUGACUUGGAAGCUUUGAACCUCCCCAAGCCGGAGGUCUUGUUGCAGUAUGUUGAUGACCUGCUGGUCACUGGCCAGACAAAGGACAUAUGCUGGCAAAACACUUAUGAUCUCCUACACCUUCUACAGCGACUGGGCUAUAAGGCUUCUCGGAAAAAGGCACAAUUGGUCUUGCAAAAAGUUAGAUACUUGGGCUAUGAUAUUGAGCCUGGAAAACGUACCUUGGGUCAUGAAAGAAAGGAAGCUAUUUGCCGCCUCCCCACCCCUCGGACUAAAAAGGAUCUCCGGGGGUUUCUGGGGGCUGCUGGGUUUUGCCGCAUUUGGAUUCCCAACUUUAGCCUCCUUGCAAAACCCCUAUAUGAGGCUACCAGAGGCAGUGACCGAGAGCCGCUCCUCUGGCGAAAAGAGGAACAGAAAAGUUUCUCAAGUUUAAAACAUGCUCUGAUGCAAGCCCCCAGUUUGGGCUUGCCAGACUUAGACAAACCUUUUCAGUUAUUUGUGGAUACAAAGCAAAAUGUGGCUGUUGGGGUCCUGACCCAAAGGUUAGGAACCUGGCAUCGCCCUGUAGCCUAUCUUUCCAAGCAACUGGAUCCUGUUGCGAGGGGUUGGCCUGCCUGUCUCAAGGCUGUUGCUGGUACGGCUCUUCUUACUCAGGAGUCUUGCAAACUAACCUUUGGACAAGAGCUUGAAAUACAAACCCCUCACGCCUUGAAGGCUGUCUUGGAAACAAAAGGCCAUUUAUGGUUAACCAAUCCCCGAAUGCUUAAAUACCAAGGCCUUAUAACUCACAACCCCAUGAUUGUUUUAAAGCAAUCUACUUCUUUGAAUCCGGCAACUCUCCUUCCCGAACCUGAUCUUGAUACGGCCCACGAUUGCAUUCAGACUACUGGGGAAACAUAUGCCAGCCGCCCUGAUAUGUCAGAUGUCCCACUUCCCCGUCCUGACUAUGCACUGUACACCGACGGCACUAGUUUCCUCCUGGAUGGGGUUCGCAAGGCCGGAUAUGCUGUCGUUACUCUAACAGAUGUCUGGGAGGCCGAACCCCUCCCUCCUGGCACUAGUGCACAGUUGGCAGAGCUCCACGCUUUAACUAGAGCCCUUGAGCUUUCUAAAAAUCUAAAUGUCAAUAUUUACACAGAUUCAAAAUAUGCCUUUUUAACAGUUCAAGUCCACGGGGCAUUGUAUAAAGAGAGGGGACUUAUUACAGCAGGGGGAAAGGACAUCAAGUAUGGUCCACAAAUCCUCCGCCUGCUGGACAGUGUUUGGGCCCCUCGCAAGGUGGCUGUCAUGCACUGUAGGGGCCAUCAGAAAUCACCCUCGGACACACAACUGGGUAACCAUAAGGCUGACCAGGAAGCUCGCCAUGCAGCGUUGCGACCUUUCAAACCGCAGGCGCACUGCCUCGCCUUAUGGGAUCCCCCAGACUCUAUGCAGCCUCAUUAUAGUGCAUCUGAACUUGCCCAAGCCCGUGAACUCGAUGCUUCCCUACAGGGGGGUUGGUGGGUCUUGCCCGAUUCUCGUGUUUUCCUCCCAGGCCACAUGGCCUGGGAUGUGGUUAAUCAGGUCCACGCGCUGCACCUGUGGCUGCCCCUUCUGGUGACACUCCGGAAGCUUUCCCUCUACGAACGGGAGCCGAAGAGGAACCCCCUGCAGGUAUUACUCCGGAGGCUAAUACCCAUCGCACGGGCAACGCUCCUCGCUUUACCCUGCGCUCUGGGAGGCAGGUCCCCUCGUCAUCUCCUUGAUUUCAUGUGCUGGUUUUGCCCCUGCCCCUGCGAUUCCUGCUGCUGUUCCCAUUGUAUUGAUUGUGUUUUGUGUAUUGACUGUGCCCUUGUUUGUGACAUAGUUGUUAUCGAACAAGUUCUUGAGGGAUUCUUCUAUUCCAAUUCCUCUGGCCAACGGGUCUCUACCCUAACGGCAACUCCUACGGUUCUCACAGCCCUUAGUCAACCACCUCUUACAUAUUCCUAUCAUUGGUCUUAAAUGGAUCCAGCUCAGCGCAUUCGUGAGACGGCUUGUAUUCGCCGUGGCCUUUUGCCUUCCAUUUGGGUUGUUAUUGUGCUUUUGCUACUCAGUAUCAUUAUUAACUCUCUUUACCUUUAUCGCGUUUUGCUAGGAACAGGGGGGAAGGGGAGCUUGGACUUGGAGGGUCCCCUUUCGCCUCUUGACCAGGGCAAACGCUUCCCCGCGGAGGAUGACAUUUGGACAUGGUUGGGAGGAAAUACGACCCCUACAUUGGUACCAGCACGUUGUCCUUAUUGGUUGAGAAAAGGGCCACGGCCCGAGCCAUGGCCUGGUGGGAAUACCAGAAACUUAUCGAGGAAAGUAACAUCGAAAAUGAAACUUUGCAGUAAUUGUAUUACUUGGCAAAGUCUCAACAGGGGGGAAUGAAGGAGAGCCCCUCAUAUGGUGUAUCCUAACAGUAUGUAUCUUAAAGGCCUUGCUUUUAUAUCAUUUAUAGCGCAUCUAUAAAUGUAUUGCCCUUUCUCCUACAUCUGUACUCCUAGAAGGGAACUUGACAUUUGUAGCAAUCUGUCGUAACUAUAAUGUUGUAACCAUUGUAAUUGUGUAACUGGCACGUAUUGUAUACCCAUAUACUUCUGCUUUUGUACUUUUCCAGGUUACUUCUGUAUUUGUACUUUUCCAGUUUAACUAUCUGAAUGUAUGCAUAUUGAGGAACUGAAAGUAUGCUAUGAUCAUGAAACCUAUAAAACCUGCCUCAGGGCGUUGCUCGGGGCUCAGUAUUUGUCAGGUUACUGCACUGGGCCUAUUGCUAGCAAUAUUCA